AAGAGAUAUAAAGCCGAGGAGAGAAAAGCAGACAUAGUUUGUUGUUUUGUUCAUCCUCUGGUUCCAAGGAUUGUCUGUUUCAAUACCCAAACUUUGGAUUCCCUCAUCUGUUCCUUCUUUUUUGUAAUAAUUUCUUUAUAGAGAGCGAAGGGGUUAAGAGAUGUAUUACCAGUUGACAAAGUCUUCUUACAUGGACUCUUUGAAGAUUCUGGAGGCUGACAUCGAGCACGCCAAUGGACUAAACAAAAUGGUUGAAAAAUUGAAACUUUUGCUUCAAAAAAGUGUCAAACUUUGGUUCAGGGCUGCUGAGAUUCCCAUGGGGAAGAGCGGUGUGCGACUUCAGAUGAAACUGGUUUGCAGCAAUUUGGCUCCGUUCUUCAUAUUCCUGCUUCAAUGGAUGGACUUCUCUUGUCUGCUUCCAAGAUACUUUGAUUUCUUCCACAUACUCAUUUACAAGGUACGUUCUGAUGGGCGUUGGAACUUAUCAAGGUACGGAAGGAAAGCUACAAUCAGAGAGUUUUACGGUGUGAUAUUACCAUCACUAGAGCGUCUUCAUAUCAACUUCUCCGACUUACCAGGCGACAGCUUGUGGUAUCCGAACCCAAAAGCUAUAACCAAGAAGAAGAAUUACGACAUUGAAGGCAACAGAUUCAUCAUGACCAACAACGUUGACUCAGAAAGAGAAGAGGAAUGCGGGAUCUGCUUAGAGCCCUGCACCAAAAUGGUGUUACCUAACUGUUGUCACGCCAUGUGCAUCAAAUGUUACCGCAACUGGAACACAAAAUCUGAGUCAUGCCCGUUUUGUCGGGGGAGCAUCAAGAGAGUAAACUCGGAGGAUCUGUGGGUGCUGACGUGUGAUGAAGAUGUGGUGGAUCCAGAGACGGUCACUAAAGAGGAUCUUCUUAGGUUCUACCUCCAUAUCAAUAGCCUCCCUAAAGAUUAUCCGGAAGCUGUCUUCUUAGGCUACAACGAGUACUUGAUUUGAUUUGAUGGGGAAAACACAUCACGGAUGGGGGUGUACAGAGGGAGAGAGAGAUCCCAGACCUUUUAACUAAGUGUAUAUAAAGAAUCUGGUGAUCCAUGAUUUAUAAUCCUUCGUUUUUAGGUUAUGAUAAUAAAGAUGAUUGUCAUAAAAUA